GAUUGGAAAAGUCAACAACCCAAUCAAUUAGCAAUUAUAUGUACAAACAACCCUCUAAAAAUCGUGGAAAUUUUCAACAAAUGCAGUAUUUGAAAAUAAUGUCUGAAGAAUAACAUGUCUUAAUCAGAGGUGGUUGCAUUGGAUUAUAACAGGACAAGGAAAAUUACGAAACAGAGAGCUUUCAAAAACAAGUAGAAGCGGAGGAAGAAGAAAAAGAACAAUGCAGUCCUGUUUCUGUUUUGGACCCUCCAUUCGAGGACGACGACAAACAUGUGGAUGAUGACGAAGAUGAUAAUGUCGACGAGAACAGUGGUUUUAAUCUCGAAUGCAGCUUUGCAAACAUACAAAGAGCAAAGCAGCAGCUACUGCAUAAACUUCGGAGAUUCGAGAAACUCGUCAAACUGGAUCCUAUCGAACUCGAGAAAAGAAUGUUAGAGCACGAUGAUGACGAAGAUGAUAACGAUGGAAUAUGGGACCUGGACGAAGAAGAGAAACUCAAGAACGAGUCGGUUUCUUCGGAUAGUGAAAUGAACAUAGAUGUCAUUAUCCAAGAAGUGCUUAAAUCAAGCUUCUGCAAUGCAGCACGUCUCCCAGACGGCAUGAAAAUGUUGGUAUCCGAUCUCGUUGCCAAGGAGGAGACCGACAUCGAUCGAGAAACGGUGGCUAAAAGGGUAUGCAAAAGGCUAGAAUCGUGGAAAGACGUGAAAUCAAACACCAUUGACAUGAUGGUGGAACAAGAUUUCAGAAGAUCGGAGCCUGAUGGUUGGAAAGGAAACCAAGAACAGAUUAAGGAAACUGCAUCACAACUGGAAUAUGCAAUCCUUGGAUUAUUAAUGGAAGAAUUAUCAGAAGAACUUGUUUGUUUAACUGGGAUUUGAUGGGGAUAUUUUUUGAACUAAAAAUGAAUUUUGUAUUCACUUU